AUGACUGUCACGAAGAUUACCGUACCCAUCACUCAAGCCCCUCCGUACAGAGUACAUGAGGGCAAGACAGCCGUCAUCACCGGAGGUGCAAGGAGUAUCGGCGCCUCCAUUGCCCAGAACCUUGCCUCUAAGGGCGCCAACGUCGUCUUGAUCUACUUGACCGAUGCUUCAGACGAACCUGCCGCCGCUCUCGCCGCGGAGCUUUCCAAGGCACACAACGUCAAGGCACUCCCCGUGCGCGCCGAUUUCAGCACGCCAGAGGGAUGCGCCAAGAUUGUCGCUGCUGUGAAUAACGACAUGCCUCCCAACGCCAAGACUGGAAAGCCGCAGGUCGAUAUCCUUGUCAACAACGCAGCUCUAUUCCAUGCCAUGCCUCUCGAGGCCGUCAGCACGGAGGACUUCCACAAGGUCUACUCCAUCAAUGUCUUGGGUCCUAUCCUUCUUACCCAAGCCGUCAAGCCUCUCCUACCCAACGAUCGAUCUGGUCGUAUUGUCAACGUGUCGAGCGUUGGAUCCAAGGUUGGCCUGGAGUACCUGACGCUGUACGGCGGCAGCAAGGGCGCCCUUGAGGCAAUGACGCGCACCUGGGCUCGCGAGCUCAAGGAGCACUGCACCGUCAACUCUUGCAACCCUAGUUCUACGAUGACGGAUAUGCUCCGCGGUGCCUCCGAGGACGCGAAGAAGGCCAUCUCGAUGUGGUACCCGCUAACGCCUUUGUGCGGAAUCCGCGAAUGGGAUUCAGACGAGCAGAAGGAAAUGGCGGAGCAGUAUGGCGGCCGAGCUGGAUAUGCAGAGGAGAUUGCAGGUAUUGUUGGCAUGAUCUGUUCCCCCGAAAGCGGGUGGAUGACGGGGUGUCUGGUCAGCGCCAACGGAGGACAGUGGAUGGCCAGUUAA